UCUACGUCUAUCGGAGUUGAACUUCCUAAAAAACAAAGUGUUCAUCUUUCAAGAUUCAUUCUCCCUGAAUCUUACCAACAAAACACCCCUGAGGAGAAAGAAAGAGAGGGAGGGAGAGAAAAAGAGAGAGAGAGAGAGAAACAAAAAGCCAAAGAGAGAGAAAAAAAUGAAUUCAUCAACAUCAUCUGAAUCACAAUGCACAGAGAGAGGAUACUUCUCUUCCCAAAUGUUCUUAUGGACUGUUUCUGGGAUCCCCAUCCUAUUUCUCAGCGCCUGUUUCAUCACCAGAUGUGUUGUGACAUAUCACAUCUUUCAAAACUGUGAUGAGAAAAAGUUUCAGCUGCAUGAAAAUUUCACAGAGCUCUCCUGCUACAAUGAUGGAUCAGGUUCAGUCAAGAAUUGUUGUCCAUCGAACUGGGAAUAUUUUCAAUCUAGCUGCUACUUCUUUUCUACUGACACCAUUUCCUGGACAUCAAGUUUAAAGAACUGCUCAGCCAUGGGCGCUCACCUGGUGAUUAUCAACUCACAGGAGGAGCAGGAAUUCCUUGCCUACAAGAAACCUAAAAAGAAAGAGUUUUUUAUUGGACUGUCAGACCAGGUGGUCGAGGGUCAGUGGCAAUGGGUGGAUGGCACACCUUUGACAAAGUCUCUGAGCUUCUGGGAUGUAGGGGAACCCAAUAACAUAGUUACCUUGGAGGACUGUGCCACCAUGAGGGACUCUUCAAACCCAAGGCAAAAUUGGAAUGAUGCUACCUGUUUCUUCAAUUAUUUUCGGAUUUGUGAAAGGCGAGGAAUAAAUAUUUUGAACAAAGGAAAAUCUAUUUAAGAACAGAAGGCACAACUUAAAUGGAUAAAGAAGGAAGGACAAGAACAUGGCCACAUCCACCUCCCCACACGAGAAACUUGUGCGCUGCACUUCAAAGGACUUCAUAAGUAUUUGUUACUCUGAUAUAAAUAAAAAUAAGUAGUUUUAAAUGUUAUAA